AUGUCCUUAACCGACUUCAAAGUUCUGUCCUUCGACUGCUACGGCACCCUUAUAGACUGGGAGUCUGGCAUACUCGCUGCCUUUCAACCACUCCUUAGCCGUCUUCCCGCAAACCAUCUCUACAUCUCAAAUCCGCAGGCGCUCAUUUUCUUCUUCAAUUCCAUCCAGGCCCCCUUGGAAAAGGAGAACCCAAAUAUGCUGUACAACGAUGUUCUUGCUACCUGUUAUGACAAGGUAGCACAGAACGAAGGAAUCAAAACGACCGAGAAAGAGAGAAAUGCAUUUGGCAAGACUGCUGGCAGCUGGCCGGCCUUUUCUGAUACCGUCGACGGGCUUCUCCAGCUAAAGAAACAUUACAAAUUGAUUAUUUUAUCCAAUGUGGAUCAUGAAAAUAUCGCCAAAACUCUCUCCGGCCCUCUACGAGAAGUGAAGUUUGAUGCAAUCUACACGGCACAGGACAUUGGGUCAUACAAGCCUGCCCACGCCAACUUUUUCUAUCUCUUAGACAACUUGAAACGUGGCUUUGGAUUCGAGAAGGAUCAAUUACUACAUACCGCGAAAAGCUUGCCGGCGGAUCAUGUACCAGCAAAGCAGCUGGGACUGACAAGUGCAUGGAUUUCUCGGGGAUGCGACGGAGUGAGCGGGAUGGGAGGGAAUUUGAAGGACUUUGAUGGAAAAGUCGCGUAUAAAUGGAGAUUUCCAUCAAUCGGGGCAAUGGCGGAUGCUGUGGACAAGGCGUUUCUUUCACAAGACCAACAUCGCAGUUGUUAUGAGUAG